AUGUCGACGUCCAAGGAAAACAUGCAGAAAUUGGAGGAGGAAUUCGAUCUCCUGGAGGCGAAGCAGCAAGAUGUCAGGGGGAAUUUUAAGCGACUGGAAGCAGCUAAGAAGGAAAAAGAUGCAAAGCAAAUUAUGGAGAGCCUAUUUGAUCAGCUUAAAGAGGCUAUCGGCAUGUACGAUGACGUGGCCAAGGGUAUGGAAGAAAUGUUCCACGAAGUACGAAAAAAUCUAGGUCGGCGAGAGGAUGGAAGUGUCCGGAAGCGACCGCCACUUUCUCCAGAGGAACAAGAGCUGACGUACGAACUCAAAGCACAAUUGAUGAAAAACGUUGAAUCGCAAAAUCAGAGAUUGAAAUCAGAAAUAUCCUUACACGAAAAAAUGUCGGAAGCUAAAAGUCAAAACCAACAAAACAAGAAGAUGGCAGAAGAUGCAUCACUAUCAAAAACAAAUUCACUUCGUCUCAUGAAGAUGUUUGAAAAGAAGGCCAAAGAUUCCGAAACAAAAUUAAAAGAUAUGCAAUCAGAACUUACAAAAUCCCAACAAAUAGCGAAAAAAUAUCAGCAGUUAUACGAGAUGGAAAAGAGGAAGAUGGGCGGUGGACAUGAGGGCCCAAGUGUUACGCCCAUAUCAAUGGAAUCUGAUGGAAGGGGCACGCCGAAAGUACAAAACACGUCCUCAUAUUCCUUCCUGGGAUCAGGUCAAAGGGUUAACGACAUUAUCCGCAAAAACGAGGUGUUACUAGAGGAGAAUGAUGUAUUAAAACGAGAGAUACAUCGUCUUAAACAGGACAAUAUGACAUUGAUAAAGAAAGCUAAACACGCUAUGUCUGACAAAGAUGGACUUCUGACUCGGUUAGAGACUAGUGAAGCCAACAGAAAACAGCUACAUAAACGAUUGGAUAGAGAAAAAACACAACAUACCAUGCUGUCCCGAAGUUUGACGCGACAGGCAUCUGAUUGGAUAGUUUUGAAAAAGCAGCUAGCUCAGUUUGAUGAAGAAUAUAGGUGGAGCCAGGCUGGCAAUACCAAGAUAAAGAGUAGCUAUGUUGAUCUGAGAAAGACUUACCAAACCUACCACCAAGCACAAAGGGAACACUCUAUUGUUCCUAGUAGAGGAGGCAGGUCUCAAAAAGGAUACUUUCCACCAGUCAGUAGAAUGUCUUCUAGUGUAGUUUCAACGCUACAUAGGGAAAAAUCAUCUGCCGCCGAUUGGGUGCGGAUACCGGAAAGACCAAAGCGGGAAAAAUCGACUCUUAAUAUUGUGUUGCCUAAGGUCAAGGUUUCCAGGUGA